AUGAGGCUUGAUCCAGUGCAUUUCUCCAUGCUGGUCAUCGGGGUCUCCUUCGCCUGUUACGCCCCGAGUCUCAACUCCCUCCAGGACCAGGCGUACCAAUCAGCCGUGGUCAUCGAGGGCGAGGUGCGCUCCUCCCCGGAGAACGUCUCCUCCCGGGAGCCCUACAGUGUGAAUGUCAAAGUGCUGGACGUGUGGCCCGUCAACAGCGGCGGCCUCGAGAGGGAGCAGCUCGUGACCGUCGGGGACUUCGGUUCCGAGGCCCCGUGCACCACGGUGGAGAAGGACCACAGAUAUAUCUUUUUCAUGGACCCCACCGCCGAGCCCUUGGUAUUCAAGGCAUCGUACGCCCCUGUGGACGCCAGCGAGCCGGAUCUGAAGAAGGAUGUGGACAGAGUGUUGUGCGAGGACUGCGCCUCUGCUCCGAAGCUUCGGCUGAUGCGAGGCCAGUCUCUGGUGGAAGGGGACAAGCUGAACCUGAAGUGCGAGGCGUCGGGGAAUCCCAGCCCUUCCUUCCGCUGGUACAAAGAUGGACACGAGCUUCAGAAAGGCAGAGACCUAAAAAUAAAGACCAACAAAAAAAACUCAAAGGUGCAGAUCAGUCGUGUCCGUGCAGAAGACUCUGGGAACUACACCUGUGUGGCUGAGAACUCACUCGGACAGGAAAACGCCACGAGUAUAAUCAGCGUGCAGAUCUUGACCACCACCACCCCGUCUCCAGGUGUGAGCCACGCGAGGCGCUGCAACGACUCGGAGAAGGCCCACUGCGUCAACGGAGGAGACUGUUACUUCAUACAUGGUAUUAACCAGCUGUCCUGCAAGUGUCCCAAUGACUAUACGGGGGACCGCUGUCAAAACUCCGUCAUGGCAGAUUUCUACAAGCUUCUCAGAAUUGAAUUUAUGGAGGCCGAGGAGCUCUAUCAGAGGCGGGUGCUGACGAUCACAGGCAUCUGCGUGGCGCUGCUGGUGGUUGGCAUCGUGUGUGUGGUGGCCUACUGCAAAACCAAGAAGCAGAGGAAGAAGAUGCACAGUCACCUGCACCAGAACCAGAAUCAGUGUGUGGAGCAGCCCAACCGCAUGCUGGCCAACGGACCCAAACACCCCGGGCCCGGCCCGGAGGAGAUCCCCAUGGUUGAUUACAUCUCCAAGAGCGUCCCAACGACAGAGUGUGUGAUCAGCCACGGCGCUGAAGGUGCGGGGAAUUACGCAGGCAGCCGAAUGUCUACCCGCUCCCACCACUCCACCACGGCCUCAAAUGCUUCCAGACACGAGGAGCAGACGUGGAGCAUGGAGCGAACAGAGAGCAUGAACUCAGACUGCCAGUCAGGUGGGCUGUCCAGCUCUGUGGGAACCAGUAAGUGCAGCAGCCCGGCAUGCAUGGCGAGGAGGGCCGCCCACUGGGGCUGCACGGACAUGUCCGGACCGGGAAUGCAGUACGGGGACUCCUACGACUCUCUAAGAGACUCUCCUCACAGUGACAGGUACGUGUCGGCGCUGACCACGCCAGCGCGGCUGUCUCCGGUGGAGUUCCACUACCCCCCGUUGCCGCCCCAGGUGCCCACCUUCCAUAUCACCUCGCCCAACACAAGCCACGCCCUCUCCCUGCCCCCCGCCGCAGCCGUCUACCAUCGAGAGGACGACCAGCCGCUGCUCCGAUGCCCCGAUGAUGGGAGUUUAUACAGGCAGCCCCGGCGUCCGCGGCGACCCUACCUGACGGAGAGCACAGGAAGUCUACCAUCCAGCCCCUACCGUCUCCCUGACGACGAGGCCUACGAGACCACGCAGGAGUACGCCUCUUCGCGGGAACCCAUCCGGAGCCGGCGUCGCCCGCGACGCAACCGCCUCAACGGACACAUCUCCCAGCGUUCAACGGGCCUACGGGACUACAGCUCACAGAGCUUCAGCCAGUCAGAGGAGGAGGAGGAAGAGGAGGAGGAAGAGGAUGCUCACGGGGAGAGCACGCCUUUCCUUAGUAUGCAGAACAUGAACAUGGACCCGCCCCUAACCGUCCCAGGUUACCGUGCGUCAUCUGGUGCGGACACACGGACUCACCGCGGGCUGAGUCGGCCAGGGACACGCAGCAACGGGCAGAGCCGCGGCUCCGAGUCGCAGCGCUCCAAGGCCAACAACAUGCCCCUUUAA